UGUUUUCGUAAAUGACGUCAUACCACGCUAAGAUAAGCUCCCACUCGUCAGCCGCCAAUCCUCCAGCUCCCUUUGAUCAUCACAAUAUCCCACACAACCAUCACAAUGGCUUCUCAAACGUCGCGAAUUGACCUCUUCGGAGGCAGCAAAGCAUGGUCACCGCUUGACUGGACCUCCUCCGACGACCGUGUCCGUGGCGGAUCCUCCCACUCCACCCUCACCUGCUCUCCCUCCUCGCCGAUCGCCAGAUUCCACGGUAACCUCGAUAUUACAACCCUCGGUGGUGCAGGAUUCGCUUCUCAGCGAACAAGAGGCACGGACAGAACAUGGGAUCUCUCCGAGUACGAUGGCCUCGAAUUGGACGUUGACCGGGCGGACGGAAAAGUCUACACCAUCACGCUGAAGGACGAAAUUCUGCCCAAGCGACCGGAUGGAAGGGAACAAAGCACGUUGAGCUGGGAAUAUGACUUCCCGGCAGAGAAGAAAGAGCGGGUUUCGAUCAAAUGGGCCGAUUUCAAGGCUACGUAUCGGGGGAAGGAGAAAAAGGUUAAGACGCCAUUGAACUUGACGAAUAUUAAGAGGGUUAGCAUCAUGAUGAGAAGUUUCUUUGGAACACAGGAGGGAGACUUCUCCCUGGAGGUUGCUUCGAUUUCCGCAUUCCGAACCGAGUCUUAUCGAGACGAUCCCAGCGAAAAACGAAUGUCUUUCGAAGCUACUAACGAAAAAGAAGUGGAUACAUUCGAAAAUAAUAAAAAUGGAGGCUUGAUGAGAUCAUGCUUGGGAUGCUGUUUUUAAAAAGCCACACGCCCCAAAUGCAAAAGUUCUAUGCUUUCUCCCCAGCCGGUAUCAACUUGACAAACUGCAAACACCCCUCUUGAG